CCCGCCUCCCGGCGGUGCCGGAGUCGGGAGGCUGGACGGCUAUAAAGCGGGUGGCGAGGGCCGGCACCGCACCCUGCGCCUUCGUGGCUCUCUUCUCCUUCUGUGCCGCCACCCGGACACCUUCGGUGCCUGAAGGAGGACACACUGACAGACCUGGAGACUGAAGUUCAUUGUCCCUCACACAGCUCUUUCACCAUGCCUGGGUCACUUCCUCUGAAUGCAGAAGCCUGCUGGCCAAAAGAUGUGGGGAUCGUUGCCCUGGAGAUCUAUUUUCCUUCUCAAUAUGUUGAUCAAGCAGAGUUGGAAAAAUACGAUGGUGUAGCUGCUGGGAAGUAUACCAUUGGCUUGGGCCAGGCCAAGAUGGGCUUCUGCACAGACAGAGAAGACAUCAACUCUCUCUGCAUGACUGUGGUUCAGAAUCUGAUGGAGAGAAAUAACCUUUCCUAUGACUGCAUUGGGCGGCUAGAAGUGGGGACAGAGACGAUCAUCGACAAGUCCAAGUCCGUGAAGACGAACCUGAUGCAGCUCUUCGAGGAGUCUGGGAACACGGACAUAGAAGGGAUAGACACCACGAACGCCUGCUACGGCGGCACGGCCGCCAUCUUCAACGCCGUGAACUGGAUCGAGUCCAGCUCCUGGGAUGGACGGUACGCCCUGGUGGUCGCAGGGGACAUUGCUGUGUACGCCACAGGGAACGCCAGGCCCACAGGCGGGGUCGGGGCCGUUGCCCUGCUCAUCGGGCCCAACGCGCCUUUGAUUUUUGAGCGAGGACUCCGUGGGACACACAUGCAACACGCCUAUGACUUUUACAAGCCAGACAUGCUCUCGGAAUACCCCGUGGUAGACGGGAAGCUCUCCAUCCAGUGCUAUCUCAGUGCCCUGGACCGCUGCUACUCCGUCUACCGCAAAAAGAUCCGUGCCCAGUGGCAGAAAGAGGGAAUUGAUAAAGCUUUCACCUUGAAUGAUUUCGGCUUCAUGAUCUUCCACUCCCCCUACUGUAAGCUGGUUCAGAAGUCUCUGGCUCGAAUGAUGCUGAACGACUUCCUGAGUGACCAGAACCGGGACAAAAACAGUAUCUAUAGUGGCCUGGAGGCCUUUGGGGACGUUAAAUUAGAAGAUACCUACUUUGAUAGAGAAGUGGAGAAGGCGUUCAUGAAGGCCAGUUCCGAACUCUUUCACCAGAAAACAAAGGCAUCUUUGCUCGUAUCGAAUCAGAACGGAAAUAUGUACACGCCAUCCGUGUACGGCUCCCUCGCCUCUGUUCUGGCACAGUACUCGCCCCAGCAGCUGGCGGGGGAGAGGAUCGGCGUGUUCUCCUACGGUUCCGGCCUGGCGGCCACCCUGUACUCCCUGAGAGUCACGCAAGAUGCCACACCAGGGUCUGCUCUUGAUAAAAUAACAGCAAGUUUGUGUGACCUUAAAUCAAGGCUUGACUCAAGAACUUGUGUGACACCAGCGGCCUUUGCCGAAAGCAUGAAGCUCCGAGAGGACACUCAUCACCUGGCCAACUAUAUUCCCCAGAGUUCAAUAGACUCACUCUUUGAAGGAACGUGGUACCUGGUCAGGGUGGAUGAGAAGCACAGGAGAACGUAUGCCCGGCGCCCCUGUCCCAGCGCCGACACGUCGGACGAAGGGGUGGGGCUUGUGCGCUCCAGCACGGCGGCUGAGCACAUUCCAAGUCCUGCGAAGAAAGUGCCGAGACUCCCGGGAACGGCGGCGGACCCCGACGCGGCAGUCAUCAGCAACGGGGAGCACUGAGGACUCCUGUGCGGGGGGGCGCCAGUGGGCUCGGGGGUGGGGGGGUGUGUGGGAACGGUUGGGAACGGGGUGUCUGGGGCGAUAUUAAAUGAAUACAUGUUGCUUAACAUUUUGUGUGACUGACACGGAGCCCGGGAAGCCGCCGCGCUCUCGGGGAGGUCUCUGCUCCGUGUGCUGUGCGCUCCCUGGUGGGGUCUGGCCGCCGCUCCGUUCCGCCACCGCCGGCGCCACCGCGAAGGGCUCUGUGCAAGUCCCCACCCCCCCGGCCGCUCGUGUGCAUGAGGCUUUGUUUCAAAUGCGGUUCGAUGAGUCGUGUGCUUCUGGCAGAAGAGAGGUACUCGUCUUCUUCAAUUUUAAUGUGUCUGAACGUGGAGGAAUUUUAUACUUUGAACAAACAAGAUUACUGAAAGUACCUGUGAUUUUUGAAGGAAGUUUCUAGUUUAGGAAUGUGCUUUUACGUGUGCUAUACACAAACCCUGUUGGAAAGCAGAUGUCCCUUUUCUGGACUUUGUACAACGUCCCGGAGAGAGAAGAGUUGGGCCGGUGACUCUGGCUCCGGAAGCGGGAAUGCGGCUUCAUACCCAGGCCCCAGGGACCGCUGGGCAGACGCCUGCCGCAGACGGCACGGCGCGCCGGGGGCCGUCCGUGAGCGCGGCUCUGGGUCCCUCCGGAGUCGCCGCGUGCGGGGUGAGGCCGGGCAGCACUGAGCUGUUCUGGAGCUGGGGCCCAAGGACGGUUGCUGCUGCCGUCCUUUGUACCUUAUUUUGAAGAAGAAAUAAACCAUUUUUCUGGCUGCCUUUUGCAAUUUUUAAAAAGGGAGGAUGGGGCAAGGCAUCAUUAGGUUACUUCUGAUGCUUGUGUUACAAACUCAACUGAAAAAACUGACGACCUAAAUUCAAGGUGUAUUUUUUUCCUUUUAGAAAAAUUCUGUUUAAUGAAAAUGCAAAGGUAAAACCCAUAUUUUUACAUACUUUGAUCAGCCAAAACGAGUAUUCUACUUCUAGACCUGGAAGUAGGAUCUAUAAAGGGUUUUCUCAAGACUUUCACCUUAAAAACACUAUCACAUAGUAUGAAUGAGACUGGUUAGACAGUUUGUAGAUAUUUUUGGUGCUGACCUAGGACAUGAGCCUUAUAGAUUGUAAAAUAGAGAUCGUUGGAACUAAUGUACAGAAUUAAAUUUCUAAAACUUCAUUUGCUGUUAAAUUCUGUGAAGUCUCGGUUAUCUCAAACUUACACAAAUAUGAAAUGUAAUGUUUCAAAUCUCAAGGUAAUAAUGUAAUGUAGUGUUUGUAAAAUACUCUUGUUUAAUAUUAACUAGUGGUAUUUUGAUUUGUACAGUCAUAAUUUGUUAAGAUGAUUUCAUUUUAACAUCCACUGGUACAGAUUAAUAAUGGAAAUUCAGAUUUAAAGAUUGAUGGGGAAAUGGUGCAUGCAAUACUUUUGCAAGUAUUGGGAGUUUGUAUGUUUUGAAAAGCAAUUUAACCUUUGGGUGUCAGAAAUGGAUUUUCUCAAAGUCUAUGGCCAACAAUGGGCAGUCCUAGUAACACUGGCACUGAGAAUUAACUGGACACCUUAUUAACAGUGAGGUGAAUAACUCUGAAUAAAGUUUUAAAGAACCA